CUGCCAAAUGGUGUCACCUACCAUACUGGGACUUACCAAGACCGGUUAACAAAGCUACAGGACCAUCUUCGCCAACUUUCUAUUCUCUUCAGGAAGCUAAGAUUGGUCUAUGACAAGUGCAAUGAGAGCUGUGGUGGAAUGGGCCCCAUUCCCGUUGAGCAACUUAUUCCGUACGUGGAUGAAGAUGGCUCUAAGAACGACGACCGGGCUGGCCCACCUCGUUUUGCUACUGAGGAGAGACGAGAAAUUGCAGAAGUAAAUAAAAAACUCAAACAGAAGAAUCAACAGCUGAAGCAGAUUAUGGAUCAAUUACGGAAUCUCAUCUGGGAUAUAAAUGCCAUGCUGGCAAUGAGGAACUAAACUGAUGCUGAAAUCUUGUUCUACUCGUGUGAUAGAUACAGUUGAUUUCUUUCCCCUGCAAGUUGUCUUUCUUUGAAAAAGAUUAUUUAUCUUUUUAUUUUAAUAGCAAGCACUACCAUUCCUUUUUUCACUUUAAAGCAGUCCCUGACUCGUGUGUGUGUCUGUGUGUGUGUGUGUGUAUGUGUGUGCUCUUGGUUCUGUAAAGAUUAUUAUAAUAGCCUUUGAUAGGGUGUGAGUUUUGGUUAAUCUUCGAGAAUUGAAUAAUUGCUUUUUAAAAGAAAAAUGAAGUUUAAUAAAUUUUUAAACAUA